UGGAAACACGUGAGCUGUCCUACUACGUCGUCGUCGUCAGCUGAGACAGGCGACAUGGCGACUUCAGCGGGCUUCAAGGUUCUAUAUGAGCAUGAUGGAGUUUUUAUACACACCAACCCAGAAAGGAGUGAGGAUCAUGAUUCUCUCACUUCAGGAUCCCUGCGCGUCCUGGACCAGGGUGGAGACAUAGUGCUGGAAUAUAAACCCAUGGAAGAUGUCGACCACUCUGCCAUGCUGUGUGCUGCCAAGGAGUCUAGCUCCGUGUUUGAAUGGGGCCAGCGGCACCAGGGUCCGAGCCAAGACCCAGGAGACCACCCACCCAGGCAGGUGGAGCACCAGCUGAGCUGUGAGACCGAGUGGGACAUGGUUCACACUGUUCAGUUCAGGAAGAAACCCAGCAACAAUGGAGAAGGUGCUCCUCCUAAACCCGCUCCCAUCCCAGAGAAGAGUAAGGGUUCCCGGCUGUUCUUCCGUCUCAGUGACCUGGCCUCGGUCAGGGUGAAGGAGGAGGGCUGGUCCUACCUGGUGUUCACCCUCAGAGACCGCAACAUGGGGGUGGAGCUGCCUGCCCUGCACUUUCACCAGGGAGGUAGUGAAGACUUCCUGGACUGUCUCAGGAAGUACAUGCUGCUGACAGAGUCUACCACAGAUGCCUCUCUCCUCCAGGUCAGCCCCCAGAGCAGAGCUAUGUCCCAGUCCUUUGAGAACCUGCUAGAUGAUGCCACCUUCGGACUUAUUACGAGGUUUUCUCAGGACCCAGUCACCACUACGCUGGGUGGUUUCUCCAAGGUGACCAACUACCUGUUUGAUGCGUUCCGGGGUCCAGACACGGAGCUACUGCAGCAGAGGCCCGUCGGGGAGGUGGCUGACCUGCUGAAUGAGUCCAUACCAGGACUGGACAUCAACCAGCUGGAGGAACCAGGCUUUGAGGUUAUCACCAGGAUUGAUCUUGGCGUGCGGCCAGCGGUCCGGCGUAGGGAGCCUGUUGGGGCUGAAGAGUGGAACACCAACAUGGACCCUGAGGGACGCAUGAGGAACAUCUCAUACCUCAAACAGACCAUAUUCAAAGGGGGUCUGUGUCAUGUGUUGAGGAAGGAGGGAUGGAAGUUUCUGCUGGGCUACUUCCCCUGGGAGAGCACCCAGGAGGAGAGGAGUCGUCUGACCGAGAGGAAAACGGAUGAGUACUUCCGUAUGAAGCUCCAGUGGAAGUCAGUGAGUGAGGAGCAGGAGAAACACAACAGCAUGUUUAGAGACCACAGGAGUCUAAUAGAGAAAGACGUGAACAGGACAGACAGGACCAACCCUUUCUAUGAAGGACCAGACAACCCAGGACUGAUUCUGCUGCACGAUGUCCUCAUGACCUACUGCAUGUAUGACUUUGACCUGGGCUAUGUCCAGGGUAUGAGUGACCUGCUGUCUCCGAUCCUCUAUGUGAUGGAGAACGAGGUGGACGCCUUCUGGUGCUUUGUCUCCUUCAUGGACCAGAUGCACCAGAACUUUGAGGAGCAGAUGCAGGGUAUGAAGACUCAGCUGAUCCAACUCAGCACUCUGCUACGCCUACUGGACCUGUCCUUCUGGAACUAUCUGGUGGCCCAGGACUCUGGUCACCUGUACUUCUGCUUCCGCUGGCUCCUGAUUCGCUUCAAGAGAGAACUGAGUUUCCCUGAUGUCCUGCGUCUUUGGGAGGUAAUGUGGACUGGGCUGCCAUGCCAGAACUUCCACCUGCUGGUGUGCUGUGCCAUCCUGGACUCAGAGAAACACCAGAUAAUGGAGGAACAAUACGGCUUCAAUGAGAUCCUCAAGCUCAUAAAUGAACUGUCGAUGAACCUGGACAUCGGGGCCAUCCUCAACAAAGCUGAAGCUAUAUGCCUGCAGCUGCAGAGCUGUAAGGAUUUGCCCAACUCAGUGGUUGAGAUCCUUGGAUUCAACAGCACAGACACUGAGUCAUCAUCCCAGUCAGAGGACACUGAGCGAACGGACAGACCAGACUCUCCCGAACCUUCUACACCGUCAGACGACCAGCAGGACUUAGUCUCUGACUACAGCUCCAGCGGCAACAACAUACACUUACGGGACGCAGCGCGUGACGUUUACAAAUUAGCCUACCUAUCGUAGCCAGCCUGGCUAACAGUAGUCUCUCGUCCAGUGAGAGAGUUGGCUCUGGUGGCUGAGAUGGGGCUCACAGCCUAGUGAAAAAGGUGGAUUGCCUCUCUUCCACCUCACAGACAGAGGAGAGAUAGGAAACGGCUUCUCGGGGUAGUAUCUUUAUAAUAGAGCCCAAGAGGUAUUCAUUUAAAGGAAGUUUUGCAAAUCAAAUCAUUUUUGUAAUGAUUCUCUGUCUGUUAAUCAUCUAAUUUUUCUUGUUCGAGGUUGGUCUUUGAGUUUAGGAUAUUACUCCUUAUUUCUCCGGACUCCAAGGUAUUUAGUGUUCAGCAGAUUGCUCCUUAAUGCCCCUGACUCCAAGGUAUUUAGUGUUCAGCAGAUUGACCCUGACUCCAAGGUAUUUAGUGUUCAGCAGAUUGCUCCUUAUUGCCCCGGACUCCAAGGUAUUUAGUGUUCAGCAGAUUGCCCCUGACUCCAAGCUAUUUAGUGUUCAGCAGAUUGCCCCUGACUCCAAGCUAUUUAGUGUUCAGCAGAUUGCCCCUGACUCCAAGCUAUUUAGUGUUCAGCAGAUUGCUCCUGAUUGCCCCUGACUCCAAGGUAUUUAGUGUUCAGCAGAUUGUUCCUUAAUGCCCCGAACUCCAAGGUAUUUAGUGUUCAGCAGAUUGUUCCUUAAUGCCCCGAACUCCAAGGUAUUUAGUGUUCAGCAGAUUGCUCCUUAAUGCCCCUGACUCCAAGGUAUUUAGUGUUCAGCAGAUUGCACCUUAAUGCCCCUGACUCCAAGGUAUUUAGUGUUCAGCAGAUUGCCCCUGACUCCAAGGUAUUUAGUGUUCAGCAGAUUGUUCCGUAUUGCCCCUGACUCCAAUGUAUUUAGUGUUCAGCAGAUUGCCCCUGACUCCAAGCUAUUUAGUGUUCAGCAGAUUGCCCCUGACUCCAAGGUAUUUAGUGUUCAGCAGAUUGCUCCUUAUUGCCCCUGACUCCAAGGUAUUUAGUGUUCAGCAGAUUGUUCCUUAUUGCCCCUGACUCAAGGUAUUUAAUAUUCAGCAGAUUGCCCCUGACUCCAAGGUAUUUAGUGUUCAGCAGAUUGCCCCUGACUCCAAGGUAUUUAGUGUUCAGCAGAUUGCCCCUGACUCCAAGGUAUUUAGUGUUCAGCAGAUUGCCCCUGACUCCAAGGUAUUUAGUGUUCAGCAGAUUGCCCCUGACUCCAAGGUAUUUAGUGUUCAGCAGAUUGCCCCUGACUCCAAGGUAUUUAGUGUUCAGCAGAUUGCCCCUGACUCCAAGGUAUUUAGUGUUCAGCAGAUUGCCCCUGACUCCAAGGUAUUUAGUGUUCAGCAGAUUGUUCCGUAUUGCCCCUGACUCCAAGGUAUUUAGUGUUCAGCAGAUUGCCCCUGACUCCAAGGUAUUUAGUGUUCAGCAGAUUGCUCCUUAUUGCCCCUGACUCCAAGGUAUUUAGUGUUCAGCAGAUUGUCCCUGACUCCAAGGUAUUUAGUGUUCAGCAGAUUGCUCCUUAUUGCCCCUGACUCCAAGGUAUUUAGUGUUCAGCAGAUUGUUCCUUAUUGCCCCUGACUCAAGGUAUUUAAUAUUCAGCAGAUUGCCCCUGACUCCAAGGUAUUUAGUGUUCAGCAGAUUGCCCCUGACUCCAAGGUAUUUAGUGUUCAGCAGAUUGCCCCUGACUCCAAGGUAUUUAGUGUUCAGCAGAUUGUUCCUUAUUGCCCCUGACUCCAAGGUAUUUAGUGUUCAGCAGAUUGCCCCUGACUCCAAGGUAUUUAGUGUUCAGCAGAUUGCCCCUGACUCCAAGGUAUUUAGUGUUCAGCAGAUUGCCCCUGACUCCAAGGUAUUUAGUGUUCAGCAGAUUGCCCCUGACUCCAAGGUAUUUAGUGUUCAGCAGAUUGCCCCUGACUCCAAGGUAUUUAGUGUUCAGCAGAUUGUUCCGUAUUGCCCCUGACUCCAAUGUAUUUAGUGUUCAGCAGAUUGUUCCUUAUUGCCCCUGACUCCAAGUUAUUUAGUGUUCAGCAGAUUGCCCCUGACUCCAAGGUAUUUAGUGUUCAGCAGAUUGCUCCUUAUUGCCCCUGACUCCAAGGUAUUUAGUGUUCAGCAGAUUGUUCCUUAUUGCCCCUGACUCCAAGGUAUUUAGUGUUCAGCAGAUUGCCCCUGACUCCAAGGUAUUUAGUGUUCAGCACAUUGCUCCUUAUUGCCCCUGACUCCAAGGUAUUUAGUGUUCAGCAGAUUGUUCCUUAAUGCCCCUGACUCCAAGGUAUUUAGUGUUCAGCAGAUUGCCCCUGACUCCAAGGUAUUUAGUGUUCAGCAGAUUGCCCCUGACUCCAAGGUAUUUAGUGUUCAGCAGAUUGCCCCUGACUCCAAGGUAUUUAGUGUUCAGCAGAUUGCCCCUGACUCCAAGGUAUUUAGUGUUCAGCAGAUUGUUCCUUAAUGCCCCUGACUCCAAGGUAUUUAGUGUUCGGCAGAUUGCCCCUGACUCCAAGGUAUUUAGUGUUCAGCAGAUUGCUCCUUAUUGCCUUGUUAAUCUUGACUUGUUAAUCGCUCCUGACUCGUGUGAAUAGUCAAAUGUAAUGCUGAAGUAGUUGACAUUUAAAUAGAGGUGGAAGGGCUGAGGAAUGGAUAAGGUUUUAUAUAAACAGGGCUUAUUAUAUUUCACUGUAGUAUUCAGCUAAUAGGAGCCCUGCAGUAGGUGUAACUCAAUUAUAACUAUUUCACAAAGAUGUGGUUGUAUUAUCUCAAGGCCACUGUCCUCUACCAACUGAAAAGGAUUCUCUGCCCUGCAGCCCAUUGACAUGGAUUAUACACAGUGUGCAAAACAUUAAGAACACCUGAUCUUUACAUAACGUAGACUGACCAGGUGAAUCCAGGUGAAAGCUAUGAUCCCUUAUUGAUGUCACUUGUUAAAUCCUCUUCAAUCAGUGUAGAUGAAGGAGAGGAGACAGGGUUAAAGAAGGAGUUUUAAGCCUUUAGACAUGGAUUGUGUGCCAUUCAGAGGGCAAAGACAAAAUAUUUAAGUGCCUUUGAACUGGGUAUGGUAAGUAGGCGCUAGGCACACCGGUUUAAGUGUGUGAAGAACUGCAACGCUGCUGGGUUUUUCAACCGUUUCCUGUGUGUAUCAAGAAUGGUCCACCAUCCAAAGGACAUUCAGCCAACUUGACACAACUGUGGGAAACAUUGGAGUCAACAUGGGCCAGCAUCCCUGCGGAACGCUUUCAACACCUUGUAGAGUCCAUGUCUCGACGAAUUGAGGCUGUUCUGAGGGCAAAAGGGGAGGGAUGCAACUCAACAGUACGAAGGUGUUCUUAAUGUUUUGUCCACUCAGUGUUUUUCAAUGCAGCUGCCUUACUGACAUCUGAUUUGGUAAGACUGAAAGAGACAUGAUUUAUGUUGAAAAAUGUACUUUGUUUCUGAAUCCAUAUUGUUAAUCAUACUAGAAUGUGUGGGUUGGCAUGGUGAUAAUAUAUGUACACAUAUAUUUUAUAUAUAUAUAUAUAUAUAUGUAUGUUCCUCUGGACUGGAGGUUCCCAGAAGUUGCUUCGUCAAACACCCAACCUUACAGCAACGUUUUUACAAUGAUGUAGAGUGUAUGCUAAGCCAACCAUGAGGCCUUUGUCAACAUAUACAGACAGACUUACUUCUAUGUACUCAUUUAUAUCAUCUGUUUGCUUAUUCGCCUCCCAAAACGUAGUGAAUAUGGUUCUUGAUGUGUUUAACAUUGACACGUCUUCUGAGAGGAAGAUUGUAAAGGAGUUGAUGUAGUCAUUGAUUAUGUUGCUUGGUUGAAGCUCUUAGCCUUCAAGUGAUUUAUCAGAAACAGUAAUGCUGGAAGACUGUUCGCACCUGAAGCUUUCUGUGUACAGAUUUGUAUAUUUCAGCAGUUUGUACUGUGUAUAUAUAUUUGAUACCGUCUUUGACAACCAAUUAUGUUUUGAAAUCUUUUAAAGAACCUGAAUUUCA